AUGGCGAUAUCAGACACAGAUGCACCUUUUGACCCAGCAUCGUACUGCACCGAUGACAUUUACUAUAUCAUCAACAGUGUUGAUACAUGCACCGGUUUUGACGGUAGCACUUUAGACUGCCGGUACUACCAUCUCGGCCCAUCAACGAGUACUUCGGAUUGUUUCCCCACAGACUGGCAGCCUAUACCAGGCUCUUUUAUAUCUUCCAGCAAAUGUCCAUCAAGAUACGUAAACGCAUGUCAGCAUGCAGAGACCUCAGAGAUGAUCGCAACGUGCUGUCCUAUUGGUUACAACUGCCAAAGCAGCAAUCUUAAAGACCCGGCAUACCGGAGCACUGAACCAUGCUACCAGCACAUGGACACCAGAUUAACAUAUGUAUAUACAACCAAGACUGCAGGGAGACCUUCCGAGACGUCGACUAUAACCGGAGAAGCACUAGGCGGGUUGAAUGCCUACGGGAUUGAGAUUAGAUGGGGAAUGUCCGAUCCUACAUCAACAGCGGCUACGACCUCAAUUACAACUACAGAUAUUUCUUUGAAACCAACAGUGGCCUCCACCGCUCAAGCCACGUUAUCAUCAUCAUCAUAUCCUAGGCCCCUUUCUGCGGGAGCGGGAGCCGGAAUCGGCGUCGGCGCCGCGGCUGCUUUCGCAUUGCUACUUGCUGGGGCAUUUCUCUUGUGGAGACGCCGGAGAAAGUGUCCUGAAGAAAAGGUAAAUGUGGCGCAAAAUACUCUACCGCUAGAUGGAAACUUCCGGAUAGCAGAUACAAUGUCAGGGCAUACGUGUAGUGAUAGAAGUGCAUCUGCUAGGCUGGCACAGCGGCCCUACCAGGAUACAGAAUGUUCUGAGAUGCCAGGCCAAUCAUCACCAGUAGAACUAGGACCAGGACGAUGA